AUGCAUCUCUCCCUGACCUUUCUCUUCUUACUAACAACUCCUUUCCCUUCUAUUUACGCGACAAAUGAUGAGACAAAAAACUCCACCAAACCAACUAACCAUGUCAUCAGUCUCACCUCCUUAAAAUCAACCUCACCCCCUAUUAAACCAACAACUCAAACCCGUACUACACCCCCGAAAAUCAGUAGCGUAACCCAAACCCUGACUUCCUUCACAAAGCCUGCAUUGACUUCAAAUGCUGAGAAAACCUCAGAAGACAAGUCUUCCUCAAACUCUCUCGUAACAGUCGUCAUCACUAAAGGCUGCACAGUCAACACAACCAGUGUGAAAGAAACAGAUGUGGUAAAUCUGGAGCCAGGAUCUCCUCUGGUGAUGACACACCACAUCAACCUAGUGCCAGGACCUUGCACUGGAGGCUGUGAGGUUGAGAUAGCAACACUGAUGGGUCGAGUAGAGCUCCUUGAAAAGGAGAUGUCAGCUUUGAAAAAGAAAUGUAGCCUCUGCUCAGAAGGACAGUGCCCGAAUAACUGUAGCAGCCAGGGAAAGUGUGAAGGAGGAAAGUGCAAAUGCCAUCAUGGAUUCAGUGGCCCAGACUGCAGUGCUGCUUCAUGCUCUUCGAGCUGCAGCAGAAAUGCUAAGUGUGAGAAUGGAAAAUGUGUGUGUAAGGCUGGUUUUACAGGCAUAGACUGCACCAAAGGUAUUAACAAGGAGAGUAAGGUGACUACCAUCACAGUGUCUUCUGAGAGUGGUACUGCUACGAAUAACAUAUUAUCUGAGAAUCAGACAGACAAGACAGAAAAGAAGACAAAUGAGAAAGAGCAGCAGGAU